AUGAUGACGAGCAGGAUUGUUGCGACUGAAUUGAUUCCUUGCAUCCUUGUGGCGUUCUUAGCAGCUUCCAUUGGCAGCAGCGAUGCAGUGCUGCCGCCGCCGAGCCAAGUUCAUUUCGCGGGUCCGCAUGGCGUGACGCUCACGGGGAUUUUGUAUACGCCGACAGGAUUCCAUGACUGCCGUCGUGCGGCCUACCACUCGGCCGUAAUCCUGAUGCAUGGAUGCACGGGAAUUUGGUCCAAUCGACGAGUGAAUGCCACGAACGCCGACGGCACGCCCAAUCUGCAGAACCACAUCGAGAAGUGGGCGCUGAAACUCGCCUCGGAGAGCAUCGUCGCCUUGGUGGUGGAGAGCUUCACUCCUCGAGCUCCUCCCUCGCUCUCGCAGGGCGAUCCAGAAUGGCAGAAUCACUGCAGUGGAGCUCGGUACGCCGGCACAGUCGAUCCCUACACGACUCGCGUGCAGGACGCUCGCGCAGGCUGGGAUUAUCUCGUGUCGCUGGGCUCGAUCGAUCCGAAGAAGAUCGGGCUGCUGGGUUGGAGCCAUGGAGGCGAGGCGACCAUGGUCGAGGCUGCAGCAACACCUCGGCACAUCGACAUCGAGAGGCCGGCGUCCGACCACCGAUUCGCCGUGCUGCUCAGCUUCUAUCCUGGCUGCGGAUCUCAUCUCGGAUUCGUCGAUGAAAUCUGGAGCUGUGGAUCCUCGUUCUGGAGGCCGUAUCGGGAGUUUCAGCUGAAUGUGGGCGAGCAGGAUGCAUUUCACGCCAAUUGCAAGAAGCGCACUGACAUUGCGAGACGCGACUUCGGAAGCUCGAUCGACUUCCCGGCCUUCCCCGACGCGCACCACACCUUCGAUGCCCAGCAGCAGGCAUGGCCCUCGGACAAGUGCCAAUUCCCGACCGGAGACGAUUGCGCCAUGAGAGCAGCCGACAUCGAUGGUCUCGCAUUUCUCAAGAGGCAUCUCUCGGACGACGAGUCCUUCUGGUGA